AUGGCUUUCUUCCCUCGCAACCUUUACAACUCCGAUGCUUCCUUUACCCCUCUCUUCCGUCUCCUUGACGACUUCGAUAGCUACUCUCGCCAGGGCGAGGGACAGAACGGUACCCGACGCUCCGGCCUCAGCCAGUGGCAGCCCAAGUUCGACGUCCGCGAGACUGGAGAUGCCUACGAGCUCCAUGGCGAGCUCCCCGGCAUGAGCAAGGAGAAUGUUCACAUCGAAUUCACCGAGCCUCAGACAAUGCUCAUCCGCGGCAAGACUGAGCGCACCUACACUGCCGGCACCCCACCCGCCGCCUUUGUCGAGGGUACCAAGGACCAAGGCGCCAUCACUGAGGGCACUGAGGAACAUGAGGAACACAAGAACUCCCACCACGCUACCGUCGAGGAUGAGCAGGAAGCCGCCUCUCACGAAAGUGGCAAUCAGGUCACCAAGCACGUAAACUCCGAGCAGGGUGAGAAGAAGCCCGCUGAUCAGUCCAAGUACUGGCUUACCGAGCGCACAUUCGGCGAGUUCUCUCGCAGCUUCAACUUCCCCACUCGCGUCGACCAGGACAACGUCUCUGCUAGAUUCAAGGACGGCAUUCUGAGCAUUGUUGUCCCCAAGGCCAAGAAGCACGAGUCUCGACGCAUCACUGUUGAGUGA